ACUACUUUACCAUUUGGAAGGUCUAGGAUUCAACACCCAGUUUCAAAGAAUUCGUUUCGAACCGAAUUAGCUAGGAUCUGCAUUUCCCAAUUCUGCUGCUUCUUAUCUUCUACUUGGGUUUUGCAACAAAUUCCAGCUUUUUAAAUCUCUUAAUAUUUCAAUGUUUCAUCCUUUGGUUUGGUAACUGUGUGUCAAUGGGCUGCGCCUAUGAAAAGUGGAGAGUCGGACAUGGUUACUGAAGAUUUCCGCUUGAUUUUGUCGCCCUUAGCUUCCCUUAGGUGGUCGCCGCUACGCUUGACUCCGUCGCCGCCACGACAUUUUCUACCCUCGUCCAGUUCAAUGGUCAUGCAGUAUCAAGGGUCUAAUCAAUCCAUGGACGAUCCGCCACAAAAUCAAGAGCACGACAACAUGGUUGACUCGGCACUGUACUUGGCCGGAGACUCGGCGUUGUUGCAGCAGCAGCAGCAGCUACGUCAGAACUGGAGCGAGGCGUCAGAUUGGAGGCCAAGAGGGGGAGUUAUGACGAUGAACGUGCUGGAGUUACAGAGCAACAAUCAGGGCUUUGAAGAAUCGAAUAUGGGUUUUGAGGAAGAAUCGGAGGAGAUGAGCUGUUUCUAUUUCCCUCCGUCGUCGCCCACAUAUUUCCCUCUUUAUCCGCCAAUGCCAAGUGUUUGUUUCGUUUCUACUAAUAUACAGGAGGACAUAAGCUUGGCAUUGUCUUAUCAGCACAUACUUGAGGACAAGAGCGGUGCAUUGCAUGUGAUCAACGGGGUGGAACGCAAGAACGACAUCUAUCAACUGCUGAUCGACGGCUUUGCGUCUUACCUGCGUAACAAGUUCGGUGAUUUGAAUCAAAUAGCAAGGGCGCCGGGCGUGGUGCCCAAAGGCAUGGAGUCGUUGGUGGAUAACAUAUUGGAACAAGAUGACUACGAUGAGAGAGAAGUGACAUUAAGGCGGAUCAACUGCUUGGAACAACAGGACAAGGACAUGGUUGACCAGCCGGUUUUCGAAGUUGUGGGCGUGGUGCAGCAAAUAAUUCAGAACAGGGGCGGUGAGUUAGAUGUGAUCUUAGGAGGGGGAGUUUUAAUGAUCAACGGGCUGGAACGCAGAGACUGUCAAGGCUCGCCUAUGACCCCGGAAACAUUGCGUAUUUGUCAGGCCAAUGUCUCCGUUAGAGUGUGGCAGGGACACGGCGGCCAAUGGGAGUCAGAGAUGCGUUACAGGUGUAAUCGCCUCAACAUUGGCAGUUUCACAACCGUGGAGGACGCCAUCUCAACUUAUGAGCUCGUAGCAAGGUUGAGUGGAUGGAUGGAUGUUACUGAUUUCCCUGGACUCUCUGAAAAUGCAAACAGAUCAAAACUGUUGCUGCAGUUGCCACCAUCAGCACAAGAAGAGAAACCAUGACGAUUUUGGAACUGAGGUAGUUGGAAUAGGUAGUGAGCGAAUAUGGGAAUGCGUAAUGGUAGAUCAAGCUCGGUUGAAUUCUGGGUUUUUGGGAAAAAGGAAAACAAAGGAAAAGAACCCAAGGGGAGAGCGAAGAAACAAGAAAACAAAUGGAGUUAGAAUUACAAUUCCUCUCGAGGAUAUCUCACAAACCAAGGGAA